AUGGUGCUGGCUACGGCGUGUAGUUGGCUGAACAGCGUGGGGACGAAGGAGUUGCGGCAGGAGCGGGCGAUACUUUUCUAUCGAGUGCAAGUUCAACAGAGGGACGGCAAGCGACAACUGGAGGUGGAGAUUCGCAAUCCUGCGUCUCUGUCGUGGCAACUGCAGACGGGCUGUGUGCAGGGGACCGGGAGGCUGCGCUUCGUUCAUUGGCUUGCCCGAUUUUCGGCGGUUGCGCCCGACUCGCAACGGAAACCACGUGACCCUAGUCGCUCCUCCACCUUACGUCAGCAAGCGAGCAAUGAACAAAAGCCCCACCCAUGUCAAUCUGGCAACGCCGCAACGCUGGUCCAAGCGUCCUUCAAGCUUUCUUCUCUCCCUAUACCAAACCUCUUCACUCCCGCUAUCCUCUACUACCUUGAAUCUGCUCUCCUGCGCUUUCGAGCUGGCCAUUUGGUCGCCCACCCGACUUCGAGCCUUUCUUGUGGCGGCACUACUUCGAAUAUCGAGCACAACGACAGAAUACUAACAGAACACACCAAACAUCCAGGAACCUUUCGAUAG